AUGGCAUGGGUCACUUUAGCAAAUCCGAUGCACAAUACUUUCUCGUCACUCUUCGUUCAAAAUGGCGACAGCAUUACCAUCAACGGAAAUUGUUUAGCCAUUUUAGAAAAAAUCUUCCUCAGACUAGUCGGAGAAGACUCAGCUUUGAGAACUUUUCGUCGAGCUAUUGGAUUUGGACAAAAUAUCAGAAGAAAUUUGAUACCGUUACUUUUGUACGUUAAAGAUGAUACCAAAAUUGCAGACUCUACUAAAAUAAUUGAUACUAUUAUCAAAAUUUUGGUUAACCUCACUAUACCAGUCGAAUAUUUGCUCUCCGUGGAGGCUAUGUCACGCACAGAAGUCGAGAAGCACACUGUUUUCGAACUCAAUAACCUCCUAACCUCAAGCAAGGAAAUAUUCACGGACAGCAAAAGUACAAAAGCUUUGGUGGAUCACAUGAAGUUUAUAGUAGAGUCCCAUUCACAACUAGACUCGGACCAAUGCGACAGUAUUAACAACUGCUUGCUGCUGAUUAGAAAUAUAUUGCAUGUACCUGAAAAUAAAGCACCUGCCUCCAAUGGAGCAUUGGGACAUACUAGCAUGCAGAAUCAAAUUAUGUGGAAUCUAUUUACACAGAAUAUUGAUAAGAUCAUUAUUUACCUAAUGUCGUGUCCUCAAAAGGUAUAUUGGGGAGUGACUCUAGUACAACUAAUAGCUCUAUUAUACAAAGACCAGCACGUUGGAACUCUACAAAAACUCCUCAAUCUGUGGCUAGAAUCCUCUUACAGCGAUAGUUCUGACGAUAACGAAAGUAACACUUCGCCGCCAGAUCAAGGCAGCGAAGAUUUCUCUCCUCUUAUUACUUCAGAUCCCACUUCUGAUUCGAGUGAUAAUGGUGCAAAUGACAUAAAUAAGUGUAAUAGUAAUAAUAUUAAUAACAAUAACACUAACAGGGUUAUUACUGACAGAGAACCAAUGAGAGUGUCGCAAAAUAGAAGUAAAAGUUUAAGCUCUUUAAAAAGAAACAAAAGUACAGAAACAGAUACCAGCAGCAGCGGUAUAUCGUCUAUGGGUCACAGCAUUGAGUGUAAUGACAUUUACCCAGACACGAUUCCUGAACAACCGACUCAAAAUACCGAUUUGACAAAGUCUCCAUCGGUUUGCCAAUCGAAUCAGAGCGAAAUAUCCGAUUGCGGUUAUGCGACGCAAGUUGAAAAUCAAGAAUCGAUUUCAACGUCAAGUAACGAAGACGAUCAGAAACCAGUCCAUCAAAAGCCGCCUACUUUUCAAAAAACUCGCUAUACGUCUAAUAAGAAUAGGGCGACCACUACUUUGGAAAAGAAGGAAUUGAAAAGGAAGAAGUUGGUUAAAAGAAGAAAAACUAACAUAAUAACCAUGAAAGGCCUAAUGCACCAUCUUCCAACUGAUGAAGAUAUCGCCAAUAUCUUGAAAGAAUUCACUGUCGAUUUCCUGUUAAAAGGUUACGGAACCUUAGUGAAUGAUCUCUAUACAGAACUGCUGUCAUACUCUCACGUGCAAAUAGACACUUCGCACUUUUUGUGGCUUGUCACUUACUUCUUGAAAUUUGCCAUUCAAAUGGAACUAGAUCCGGAACAUAUCAGUUCUGUUUUAUCUCAGGAUAUUUUUAAUUAUUUGGUGUUCCAAGGCAUUUGGAUAUACGAAGAGUUGGAAAUUAGUUAUAUGAUUCCUGGUAUUGAUUUGAAGCCUUGUUUGAGAAGAUUGCACUUGGUGGUAACAGCCAUUCGAGAGUUUCUCCAAGCCAUCGAAGCUUAUCAAAAAAUGAUCCACCUCUGCGACUCGGACAAAGACCAUUUGGCUAAACUUCAAUAUCAAAUAGGAAAACUAAGCGAUUUAAAAAUGCUGUUUGUUUUACUGAUAAGGCAGUACAAUCCAAACAUACAGUCCAGGCAGUAUUUGCAGGAUCUCAUCUUGACCAAUCAUUGUUUCUUUUUGUUUUUGGACAAUUCUUAUAAGACUCAGGAACAACACGAUAAUAUGAUGGAUCAUUUAAAAAAUUUUGGUACAGUAGAAAUAAUGCGGCAGUAUGGAAUACUGCUGGAAAAUUUUAAGGAAAAUGGAGAAUUCGUAAAUAAUUGCAUAUUUACCAUGAUGCAUCACAUUGGAGGCGAUUUAAAUAAUGUUGCAACGUUGUUUCAACCUACCAUUUUAAAAACGUUUUCACAAAUUUGGGAGACUGACUAUGAACUAUGUGACGACUGGUCUGAUCUUAUGGAAUACGUAAUACACAAAUUUAUGAAUACCCCUGGUACUCACUGCGUCGAGAACUCAACAAGAUCUGUUCCUGUUCAUUUAGAAAGUGAUAAAAUCUCAGAACAAAGUCCUUCCGAGUGUAGCUCAUUAGAUGACAUACUAAUAUUAUUUAGGUGGACAAAAGAAGAGAAAGAGAACUUGAUCAAAUAUUACAAUCAAAAUAAAGAAUCGUCAGAUGCCAUUGCAAAAAUCACGGAAAAAUACGAACAGAGCGGUUUCAAAUUCAAAUCUCAAAUAUCCGUGAUACAAGAAUUACUACAACAAAAAAUAAUUACGGAAAAUGAAUACCACGAACUAUUGAGUCAUCACAGAAUCGAAACCAUCGAUUAUUUACCUGAAGACGUUAAUGAUAGUUCGAAACAUAUUGACGAAGAAAAUUCAUUUUCUGAGGAUAAUCUCAUUGAUAGCGAUACAAAAAUGAUUAGAGAGUAUCUGAAUAAGGAAAAUAAAGGGAAAUUUUUAUGUUGGUUGCAAAAUGUGUUAUUGGAGGCCUGCUAUGCUAAAUUAGUUAUUUCCAAGCCUGAUGAAUUUAAAAAUGGUAAUACCCUACUGGAACCGUCAGCGUAUUAUUUUGCUUUGUUAAACCUACCAAUACCUCUCAUACCAUGGACCACAGAACAGUCAAAUAUCCUCAAGUAUCAACCAUUCGUAUUAUUACUACACAAACUAGGUUUUUACUUACCAUUGGAUACUGGAAAAAUUUUUGUGAGGAUACCAAAUUUUUGGACUCCCGAUUAUAUGUUCAGCAUAGCCCAAUUAUUAGGACCUAUCAAUAAAGAUAAACUAAAAUUUGACGUAAACAAAAUGAAAGGUGCAGAUAAGAAUACAAUUUUCGGAACAAAAUCAAAUAUUCCUGCUUCUUUCUGUGAUGCAGGAAAGUUUUCUGUGCCCGAAAAAAAAUUGACACCAUCAAUGUGUAGAUUUACGCCAUUACCAAACUCUACAGAAUGGUUCCAAAGCAUCUUAAGAAAAAGACUUCCUAUAUCCACUAUGGAUUGUUAUGAGCCUAUUUCUAGCACAAGUCAGCUAUCAAUAGCGAUCCCGGAAAACGAUAUAGCCUCUGGUCAUCUACCACCCCCGGAACUCGCCAUCGUUUGCAAAUCAGACAUGAGUAUGGAUUGUUUACACUAUCAUCUCCAUGAUACUCAUAUGGACCAUACCGCCAAUUUAGGCAGCGAGGUAGAAAGAAACAGCAACUGUGAUACCGCCUCCAUGGCUUCGGAUUUGACGAGAAUGUGUGUGAGUGACGAAGACGAAAAAGUCGACAAAGUGAUAUUGGUGUUAAAUAGUAGUGAUAAGCACGCGUGA